AUGUGUGGAAUCAGUGGCAUUUGCAUGGGUCAUUAUGACCGGGACGACGAGGAUGGUUCUUGCGACGCCGCUCAGGAUCUCCACGAGUCCCUUUACUACCUACAGCACCGUGGUCAGGAUGCGGCAGGAAUCGCCGUCUGUUCCGAAGGCGGAAGGAUAUACUCGUGCAAGGACAACGGAAUGGCGUCGAAAGUGUUCAACGACGGCAAGAGAGUCGUUGAUCUCCACGGUUGGAUGGGAAUCUCUCAUCUGAGAUACCCGACGGCGGGAAGCUCGAGCAAAGCGGAAGCGCAGCCAUUCUACGUCAAUUGUAAGAUUGGAAACCUACCUGAAGUUGCGGACUCUGCUAACCUCACUCGCCUCCAGCUCCCAAGGUAUGGAAUUUGCUUGUCGCACAAUGGCAACCUGAUCAACGCGGCUGAGCUUCGUGAAUAUCUCGACAAGACGGCGCACCGUCACGUCAACACCAGCUCCGACUCCGAACUCAUGCUGUCCAUCUUCGCCAACGAACUCAACGAGACCGGAAAGGCCCGCAUCAACGAGAUCGAUCUGUUCAGUGCGCUCGAGCGCACCUACAAGCGCUGCCGCGGUGCAUGGGCUGCUGUUGUCAUGAUUGCCGGCUACGGCAUCUGCGGUUUCAGAGAUCCCGAUGGCAUCAGACCUUUGGUGUGGGGCCGCCGGCCUUCUGCUACUCUGGAGGGAGCUUACGAUUACAUGCUGGCCUCCGAGUCUGUCGCCCUCCGCCAGCUGGGCUUCCGGGACAUCACAAACGUCCUGCCAGGCCAGGCCGUCCUCUUCAAGAAGGGGUCGACCCCUGUGUUGACGCAAAUUCAGGAGCCUGCUGGAUAUACGCCGGAUGUCUUUGAAUAUGUCUACUUUGCGCGCCCAGACAGCGAGAUCGACGGCAUCUCUGUUCACAAGUCAAGAGAAAACCAGGGUAUCAAGCUGGCAGACAAGAUCAAGAGAACGCUUGGUGAAGAGGCCUUGAAGGAAAUUGACGUUGUCAUUCCCAUCCCAGAAACAUCAAACACGGCAGCUGCAGCCCUGGCAACAAGGCUUAACAAGCCCUUCUCCAGCGGUUUUGUGAAGAACAGGUAUAUUCCUUCUUUCCAUGUUGAAUUCGCAAUAGAGUUGGUCCGUCAAAAGAGCGUGCGCCGCAAACUCAGCACAAUUGAAUCGGAAUUCAAGGACAAGUGUGUGUUGUUGGUUGAUGACAGUAUUGUGCGAGGAACCACUAGUCAGGAGAUUGUCCUCAUGGCCCGUGAAGCCGGUGCCAAGAAGGUCAUUUUCUCCAGCUCAAGCCCAGAGAUUUUGCAUGAGCAUCUCUACGGCAUCGACCUGGCGAGCAAGAAGGACCUGAUUGCCCACGGAAAGACUACCGACGAGAUCGCAGCGCACAUUGGCGCUGACAAGGUCAUCUACCAGGACCUCAAGGACCUCAUCGCUGCCUGCGCCGAGCUGUCUCCCCGCGAUCCCACAACGCAGAACUUCGAAGUCGGUGUCUUCAACGGCUGUUACGUCACCCCCAUCCCCGAGGGCUACUUGGAGCAUCUCAGCGAACUCCGCAGUGGCAACAAGAAGCGGAAGCAUCGGGGACCGCUUGUGGCCAGCAGCGGCCCCACGCUCGACGCCCCCGCGGAUGCCCCUGCUGCGAAGGCGGCCAACAUCAAUGGACUGGCUUCCCGUGCACGCGCUGAGCCGCGGUCUCCUGGAAGGAGCGCAGACAUUGGAAUCCACAACGUCGCAGGUGAAGAGGAAAACUAG